AGACGGACUGUACCAUUGAGCGACUGAGUUACAAAUGACUGUUAACUACCAGCCGGGUCGUGAUCAUGAACCGGAAUGAUCCAAAGUUGCUGGAAGGGACUGGGAGACUCUCGGGCAAAUUUGCUCUCGUCACAGGCGGAGGCAGUGGCAUUGGGCGGGCGACCUGUCAGGUCUUCGCCAGAGAGGGGGCCACAGUCGCCGUGGUGGACGUUAACGAUACAGGUGCAGAGGAGACGGUACAAUCCCUUCAGAAACGAGGUCGGUUUCCACACAAGUCUUACGUCACAGAUGUGACGUCAGCAGGUGCCGUAUCCAGACUGGUGGAGUCCGUGCGUACAGAUUACAGUGUCGUCCCUGACGUCAUUCUGGCGUCACAGGGAGUCCAGACGCACACAGCGUUCCUGGACAUGGACGAGGAGACGUUCGACAAGAUCAUCAGCGUCAAUCUUAAGGCAACAUUUCUGGUGGUGCAGGCGUUCUCUCGGCUGAUGGUAGAGAACAAGGUGGCAGGCGGGUCUAUCAUAACCAUGGGCAGCCUCAGAGCGGCACAGGUGGGCACGGCUUUAAAUUGUAAAGGACGUCCAUUCUAG